CUGUGCGCUCGAGGCACAGCUCCCCUGUCAGCAGGCUAGGGACACAGUCCCCUGACUAAGCAAUUCCUCGCAGAGAAGCAACAGAAUAGUUCAACUGACUGGUCUUCUUAACAGCUGCCGCAAGCGUCUCUGUUGUCAGGAGUUGGUUCGUGGUGAAAAGAGCCAAUGCGUAGUGUCCUAGAAGCCGGGGUUCCUCCACUCAAUCCCCCAGUUUCGCCAUGGCCACGCCAACCCAAUUCUGCCACGUCUAUCCGUACUCUCGAUCCAUAUUGACGACAAAACCCCGCAUCUUCUAAAAUCACUGCACUGCAUGGUGGACUUUCGGAUUUAUGUAGCAUGGGUCUACUAUCCCGUGUGCAAUUCGUUUGCCGCCGUACGUAAGAGGCCAGUUCGGACUCAGCCCUAUUGGAAACGCAUCCCUGCCGUCAGCACUACUACCCGAUUCGACAGGCUUCCGCUCCAAAGCUACCAGAGAUGGGCUCUGAUUUGUGUUGUGAUUGGGAUGGCGCCCUGUCAGUGAAGGUGAGACUGUGAAUAAACAUGUCGCAAGUGAGGAUAAAGUCAAGCUGUCCCAGGCAAGUGUAGCUAACCACACAACUAUUCUAAACUAUCCAUCACCAUGGCAGACAACAACAACCCCUCCCUCGAAUCUCUGGCAGCGACCAUCUCCGAGACGGCCAACGCCCUGUCCGCCAAGCUCAAGGAAUCCGCAUGCCCCGCGCCGUCAUUCGCUGAAGAUGGCCUCGUCGAAUAUCCUAAGCUCCCAGAGCUCAACGGCCUCCGCUUCCAGCUUAUCGACGCAGCAGCAGACCUGUACCGACUUGCCCUCGGCCCAACUGACAAUUCUAUGUUUGCCCCCCUCCAUCUCAAUUAUGACGCCACCGUCAUCGACGUCCUCAACCACUUUGACAUCUGGAACGCCGUCCCUGUGGGCGGUUCAGCAUCAUAUAGUGAGAUCGCCACCAAGGUGAGCCUCCCAGAGAGCCUCGUCCGCCGCGUCCUUAAGUACGCCAUCACGAUCCGCUACUUUGCUCGCGACCCAAGCGACAAAGACCGCGUUGUCCACACGUCGCUGUCCGCCGUCCCCGCCAAGCAGUACCUCAUCCGUUCUUGGUUUCGCCACCACUUCGACGAGGCGCGCGUUGCGGGCGUCCACUUUGCCGAGUCGUUUGAGAAGUUCAGCGCCGGUAAGGACAAGCCCAGCGAGGAACCCAUCGAGAGUCCCUUUUCGCUGGCCAACGUGGAUAAGCUGAAGACGCCCGAGUCAUUCUGGGAUUAUCUCAACCGCGAAGCAGAGGGUAAACCCAAGGGAUGGCGGGCGACCAAUUUUGCCGAGAGUAUGCAGGCGGCAUCGAGUGCGUCGGCUAUCCGGGCCGAGGAUCUGCUGAAGAUUGGUUAUGACUGGGCUCAGCUCGGCGACGUUACCCUUGUUGAUGUCGGCGGCUCAAGUGGCCAUGACGCUGUCCAUCUGGCUCGCACGUUUCCCAGCCUCAAGAAGAUCGUGGUCCAGGAUCUCCCCGAGGUGCAAGCGGCCUUUGACGAGCGCCUCCCUGAAGAGCUCAAGUCCCGUGUCAGCUUUGAGCCCCACGACUUCUUCGGCCCGCAAAACACCCCCGGUGACGUCUACAUGCUGAAGACGAUCCUGCACGACUGGCCGGACAAGUACGCGGCCAAGAUCCUCGCCAACCUGGUGCCGCGGCUCAAGUCAGGCUCCCGCAUCCUGCUUGUCGAGGCGGUGGGCCUGCCAGAGGGUGUCGAGCCGCCCUUUCAGAUGCUGGGACGGACUUUUGCCGCCGCGGACUUGCAUAUGCUGGGCGUGUUCAACUCCUUGGAGAGGAAUCUGGAGGAUUGGAAGAAGCUGCUGGGGGAUGUCGACGAGAGGCUGGAGAUUGGCCAUGUUUCUGAGGUGCCUGGGGCUCUGCAUAACUUUAUCGAGAUCAAGUUUAGGGGUUGAUAGAUGGGGGUUUAAGUAUGCAUGCCAUAGAUAUUGAAGGCAGCCAGACAUGGCUAUAUAAAUAUUACAAUAACGUCCUAUAUAGAUAU